GGAGAAAGCAAACUGGUUUUGCUUCAGCACUCGGCGCUGUUCACCGACUUAUGGAUGAAACAUGAUCCGUGCAGAGGCAGGCUUCUCGUGAGAGGGGCGAUUUCCCACUGGAGAGAAGAAUAAUUGCAAAAAGGACAGAAAAUGGAGAUAUAAAAAAGCAAGAAAAUCUACAAUGGUCAAAACACACCUCGGCUUUUUCCGUAAAAGAGGAGGGGGCAAUCCUCCUUUUUUCGGGGCACUCCGGAAAUAUCGUAUGCGGAAAACCUACGUAAGUCGCAGAGGCGCAAACAACAAGAAAACAGAGAAGUAGAGCCAUUAAGUGUCCACUCCGGCCUGCUCUUCCCAGAAUGCAGUGGGCGCUGGACUUCCUGCCUCUGCCUCCUUGCCCAGAGCUGGGCACGCAGCCGCUCAGCGGGAUCCUCUGGGCUCUGCUGGUUCUGUUCCUCUGGUACUGCUACCGGGUGGGGUCGGACCCCCCGCUGCCGGGCCGGACGCACCCGGGCAAGCUGAAGUCCAGCUGCUCGCGGUCCAGCCGAAUGUCCCGGUCCAGAGGAGGAGGAGGAGGAGGAGGAGGGGGAGGAGGGGGAGGGGGAGGCAGCGAUGGCACGGACCCCUCGAGCGGCGCUGCCAAGAUCGCUGUCGGCAAUAGCGGAACCCCCUGCAUCGCCAUGGAGACGGGGGAGGAAGAGGAGGAAGAAGAGGCGGGGCGUCGCCGUGGCUACCUCACCCCUGUGCUGGGGCACACGCUGUUCCCCGCCCAGGCCCCGCCCACCAGCAGGAAGUUAUAUAGCGCCUUGCAGGAGUACGCCAAGCGCUACAGCUGGGCUGGAAUGGGUCGGAUCCACAAAGGCCUGAGGGACCAGGCCAGACUCAGCGACCGCUCUUCCAUCCAGAAGCCCCAUCUCUUCUUCCUCCCCGACGUUCCCAGCACCCCCUUCUUCCCACGCGACGCCCAUCGCCAUGACAUUGAUGUCCUGGAGGCCAGCUAUCCCAUAAUUCUGGCUGAGUUCCAGGCGGUGUACCAGUGGGGCAUAGAUGCCAAGCUGGGAUGGACCUGCCAGGGGCCCAAGGGUCAGGCGGUGUUCCCGCUGUAUAGCGCGGGGGUGUGUGUGGCGGGGAACUGCCGGUCCUGCCCCUGUACAUACCGCACCCUCCUCUCCCUCCGCACCUUCAUCAGCAGCAACUCCCUGGGGGCCGCUGGCUUCUGGAUCCUGGGGCCCGGGACCACGCUGGGGGGCGGCUACGGCCCCACCAACUCACGGCUGCGCUGCCACUUAGGGCUGCAGACGCCCCCUCAGUGUGAGCUGGUGGUGGGAGGGGAGCCCCAGUGCUGGUCAGAAGGACACUGCCUCCUGGUGGAUGAUUCUUUCCUACACACUGUCUCCCACAAUGGUGUAGCAGAAGAUGGCCCGAGAGUGAUCUUUAGCAUUGACCUCUGGCACCCCAAUGUUGCAGCAGCUGAGAGACAGGCCCUGGACUACAUCUUCUCCCCAGAGCAAUAGAACUACAACUCCCACUCUGCACUGGUCUUACUGCCUGUUCUAAAAUUCUUACUGUUCUAUGCUACACAAUGUGUUCUUAAACCAAAUUAAAGUCAAAACUAAAUGGCAUUUUCAAGCCUAGAGCUGAAACAUUUGAACAAAGGACAUAUUUGGAGUUGGAUAUAUUGCCAAUGGUGAUAAUUAAUACUCAGAACACAAAUAUACUUACAGAUAUUCAGGAUUUGGGGAUUUGUUGCUUUCGACUUUAUAAAAAUCAAGUAUGUAUGUCCCAGUGCUUCCUUAAAACUGUGAAGAAGAAAGAAGAUGUUCAUUCAUGAAUGAACAUUGGCUUUCUAACUUUCAUUCUCGUUUUGUGCCUGAAAUGUUUUAUUUUUCACUACGAACAAAUUUAUGACUUAUACUGUGAUGUAACCUGCAGUGCAAUUGCUUGUCCGAGUCUCUGUUCAGAAAAUCAAAUGCUUAUGUUCAGUGUGAUGCCUUUGUCAUAUAAAAACCCCACUUGAACCUAUUUUAAUAGCUCAUAAUCACAGAAACCACAUUAUGAAGAUAAAUAAAAGAAUGCAUGCACAUGUGAUUGAAUGUAAAAGCACCAUAAACAUAAUAAACAUAUCUCUAUUUCCCUGUG